UCCCAUUACUAAUAAUUAAAAACCCCCUUUUUUCAAAUACUAAAUCAUCUCUUUCCUCUUCACUUUUUAAACUUUUUUUUUUCCUCCAAAAUUAAAUUCUCAUUUUCAAACUCACUCACUCUCUCUCUUCUCUCUCUUUGUCUCUUCCUUCAAAGAUCUAUCUAUCUAUCAUCCCUAAAAAACAAUUUACAGACAUUUUCUCUCUCCUCUUCUCUCUCUCUCUCCAUUGUCGUCUUCCUCCAUUGAACCUGUCAACACCACUAUAUAAUGCCGUCUUCUGACACUGACUCCGCCUUUCCUGUACGUGCUUUCUCUCUCCUCUCACUCUUUCUCUCUCUAAACUCUCUCUUUUUUUUUUGUUGAUUUUUUCAGUCGUCUCCUUCCUCGGGAUUCGUAAUGAGCAGUGAGAUGAGUUUUGCGGAUGUGAACAAUUUGGAGCAUUGUAUUAAGUAUUUGAAUCAGACGCUUGUUACAUUCGGAUUUUCGGCUUCGCUUGAUCUGUUUGCUAAUGAUCCAGUUUCGGUGGCUCGUACUUGUAAUUGUAUGUACUCUUUGUUGCAGCAGAGGCAGCGUGAUAUCGAGUUCCGAGAAUCGGCCAAUGAGCAAAGACAGCGACUUAACUCAGACAUAUCAAGGUUGGAAGCCAAGAUUGAGAGGCUUGAAUCGCAGAUAGCAACAAAAGAUAGGGAGAUAGCAACAACUACCCGAACGGAAGCCAAGGCAAGAGCUGGAUUUAAAGGACAAAUUGAGAAGUUGCAGCAGGAGAGAGAUGAAUUCCAGAAAAUGGUUAUCGGCAACCAGCAAGUGAAAACUCAACAACUACAUGAAAUGAAGAGGAGAGAGAAAGAGUACAUAAAAUUGCAGGAGAGACUUAACCAAGUUGUGAAUGAGAAGAAGAAGGAAUCUAGAUCUGGCAUGGAGAUAAUGAAUUUGCUGCAGAAAGAAGGAAGGCAGCGUGGCACAUGGAAUGGAAAGAAGACAGACAAUGACUUCUAUAAAAAGAUUGUUGAUGCUUACGAGGUCAAAAAUCAAGAACUGAUGCAAGAGAACAACGAUUUGAGGGCCUUGUUGAGAUCAAUGCAGGAGGAUAUGCGUGGUUUUUUAAAUGCCCCUAAUGGUUCAACCAAGCAACCUCCGACCACCAAUGAAAAGCAUGAUAAUGAUCUUUCACAAUCUCCUUUUGGCGGAAAGACGGAUGUCUUUGAUCUUCCAUUCCACAUGGGCAGGGGUCAAAUUGAGGAAAACCUUCGUGCAAAGAUGUCUUCAAUAAAGGAGCGCUUAUGUCAGCUACAAGAUGCACAAAAAGGAACUGAUGUUACUUCUGAAGUUACUGAAAGGGAGCUUGAACUUGAAGCACAACUUGUGGAAGCAAGAAGCAUAAUUCAAGAGCAGGCAUCUAUAAUGUCCAAACAGCUUAAGUCAGAAAGGCGUAGGGAAUCACUUGUAUCGACACCAGAGCAGUAACCAAAGACAAGCAAUUCAGGCUAUAGAGUGAUCUGAUCUGAUCGCGUAUGUACUACCAGAACUUCUGGGUUAAUGAAGAAUCAUCUAACAUAACCGUCGGCUAUAUUUGCAACCGACUUCCGCUUGACCAUGUAAAAGAUCUGCGAAGAGGGUGUUGUUCGUGUAGAAACUGUGUAAUAUAUGUUGUUCCAUGUGGGCAGAGCCGCAGAGAAACUAAUGAAUACACUAUUCUAUUAGUCUAUCAAUUUAGUGUAGGUUAACAUGCUGUUUAUAUAAUGAUUUAUGUCUAAGGUCUAUAUUAUGAUCAGUUUCCAGCUGAGUUGAGUUGGAUUAGAUUCCAUUCAAUUAUCAGUCGUUCAUGUAAUAUGAUCAUUAUUCAGCUGUAUGUUUAGGCUGUAUUCAGUCGUAUGUGAGAUAAUUUUAAGUACUCUGAAUUCAUGCAGUAA